ACUCAUCUCCAUCGAAACUUCCUAACUUUAAGCCAACUAAAAAAUCUAAGAAGAAAAAUCCCAUCUUGACCAGUCGACUCGUUUUCAUUUCCAGGAUUUACACGCGAGAAGUGUUGGUCCAAUUCAAAACUCUCGAAGAAAAUUUCAACUUUCAAUAAAAUGUCUCAGAUUGGCCGUUGUUUCAGCCGUCUCUCGAAGAAAAAUUUAUAACUGAAUUCAUCGGACUCAACGGUUGGCUCAUCCCUUCCUCGAACGCGCAAGUUUGCAUUUAUUACGCACAAGCGGACAUGGAUUUCUUUAUUUCGUCUCCACUUCCUCAGCCUCCUCUUUCUUCGCCGCCCGUUGAUGUGUUUGUCGGCGCCGGAGUAAGUGAUGAUGAAAGCUCCACAGCUUCGAAGAUUGUGGAACGAGUCAUCGUUGGUGUAAUCACUUGCUUUUUCGCUUUAGUUGGUGCUCCAAUUGGCGCUGUUACAGGAGCAUUGAUUGGCCUUGCAACAGAGACUGGGUUUGUUAGGGGAGCUGGAAUUGGAGCCAUUUCUGGUGCUGUUUUCUCCAUUGAGGCUGUUGAAUCCUCUGUUGCUCUCUGGCGUUCUCAUGAAUCUGGAAUUUGCAGUAUUCUCUAUGUGGUUGACAUCAUAUGCAGCCUUUUGAGUGGAAGACUUGUCCGUGAGAAAGUUGGUCCUGCAGUUCAAAGUGCAGUGCAGAGCCAGAUGAGCGCUUUGGAACUUCCUUAUGUUGAAGCCCUUGAUAUCUUUGAAAUUGGUGACACUCACGGCAUGUCAAAAGAUUCUGUAGAUCUGUUGCCAAUGCUUAAAAUCACUUCAGAAAACAACUUGGAUUGCUCUGGAGAUAGGAUUAGCUGCUCUAUUUGUUUGCAGGAAAUCCAAGUUGGGGAAACAGUGAGGAGUUUGCCAUAUUGUCAACACAUGUUUCAUUUGCGCUGCAUUGAUGGCUGGCUUGUCAGGAAUGGCUCUUGCCCUCUAUGCAGGAGAGAUAUCUGAUCUUCUUAUACAGUUUUAUUACUUGACCUGUAAAUUCUUUUCAUUCUUUUCUUUUUCAUAUUUUGUGAGUUUUUUCUUUGUGAAUAUUUGUCCUUUUGAAGGAUCCCUGCCUGUUUUCCUUCUGGAGAAAAUUUGGGUGAUCUAAAAAGGAUUUGCUUUAUGGAGAUCUUUGUAAUUUUUGGCUGUAUCAUUUACUGCUGGUUUAUUUCAGGAAUGAAAAUUGAUGUGAAUAAGGAUAGAAUAUUUAUGCUUCAA